AUGGUUUUAUCUAUUCGGGUUUCGCGUGCUCUGCUUUCAUCUUCCUGUCUUUGGGUAUCUCGUCCUACGUUCAUUAGACAUGCCGCGACGGCAACUGCUUUGAAACCUAGGCCUGCUCCGAGAGCAGAGGAACCACCCGCACCGAAACAUGUUCUUACAGAAAAAGAUUAUAUACGGUUGGGCAAACAAAGAAACAUUGGUGUUUCGGCGCACAUUGACUCUGGAAAAACGACGUUAACGGAACGCAUUCUUUACUACACUGGACGUAUUCGUGACAUUCACGAGGUACGAGGGAAAGAUGCGGUCGGUGCUAAGAUGGACCACAUGGAACUCGAACGGGAGAAAGGUAUCACCAUUCAAAGCGCCGCAACUUUCUGCGACUGGGACGCAACGGACCAAAUUACCGGCGAGAAAAAGCCAUUCGCGAUUAACAUUAUCGAUACUCCUGGGCACGUAGACUUCACAAUAGAAGUCGAACGUGCACUACGAGUGCUUGACGGUGCUAUUCUGGUUUUGUGUGCAGUUGCUGGCGUCCAGAGCCAAACGACUACGGUUGAUAGGCAAAUGAGACGGUACAAUGUUCCCCGCAUUUCGUUUAUCAACAAGAUGGAUCGACCAGGUGCAAACCCAUGGCGAGUGAUCAACCAAAUUCGGACAAAGCUUCGCAUACCCGCCGCCGCAGUACAAGUUCCCAUCGGCCAAGAAGAGGAACUCAAGGGCGUUGUUGACCUCGUGCGCUGGAAAUCCAUUUACAACGAAGGCGUCAAAGGCAGCACUAUCGUAGAAUCCGACGAGAUCCCCGCGGAAGUCUUGGAGCUUGCACAACAGAAGAGAACAGAACUCAUCGAGGCUCUCGCGGAUGUCGAUGACGAAAUUGCUGAAUUGUUUAUUGAAGAGAAGGAACCGACAACGGAGCAACUCGUCGCUGCUAUUCGACGUGCUACUGUCGGUCUCAGGUUCUCCCCCGUCUUCCUCGGUUCCGCGAUUAAGAACUUGGCUGUCCAACCGAUGCUCGACGGUGUCUGCGCGUACCUACCUAAUCCAUCAGAGAAAGAUGUCGUCGCGCAUGACACUUCACUUCCAUUUUCCGCUCCUCCCGUUCCACUUAUACCCGCCGCUGACGCCCCACUCGUCGCUCUAGCAUUCAAACUAGAAGAAAGCCGGUUCGGUCAACUCACUUACAUGCGUGUCUACCAAGGCAGUCUCCGCAAAUCGCAAAACAUCUUCCACGCACGUACAGGCAAGCGAGUCAAAGUUCCCCGCCUCGUUCGAAUGCACAGUAACGAAAUGGAGGACAUCAACUCCAUUGGGCCUGGUGAAAUCUGUGCGAUUUUCGGCGUUGAGUGUGCCUCGGGAGAUACUUUCACAGACGGCUCGACGGCAUACUCCAUGUCAUCAAUGUUCGUCCCCGAUCCAGUCAUUUCCCUCGCGCUCAAACCCGUCGGCCAAGAAACGCCCAACUUCUCCCGUGCCCUAAACCGCUUCCAACGCGAAGACCCAACGUUCAAAGUCCACAUCGAUCACGAGAGUAAAGAAACAAUCAUCUCAGGUAUGGGCGAACUUCACCUCGAAGUAUACGUCGAGCGUAUGAAACGCGAGUAUAACGUCGAAUGCACCACCGGUCGUCCACAAGUAGCAUACCGAGAAACUCCCACCCAACGCGCCGAGUUCACAUACACACAUAAAAAGCAAACCGGAGGUGCAGGUCAAUUCGCACGCAUAACGGGAUACAUCGAGCCUAUGGAACGUGAUCCCGAAACAGGCAGAGAAAAGGAAUUCGAGAACGUCGUGAUGAGUGGGAAUAUACCUGAACAAUUCAUUCCUGGUGUUGAGAAGGGCUUUUACGAGGCGCUGAGGAAGGGGAACUUGUGUGGUGCACCGAUUACGGGUAUUAGAUUUGUGUUGAAGGAUGGGUCGUAUCAUGUUGUUGACUCGUCUGAAUUGGCGUUCCGUCUUUGUGCGAUUGCGGGCAUUCGAGAGAACUAUUUGAAUUCGCGGCCUGUUAUUCUUGAACCCAUAAUGACAGUCGAGGUCGUCGCACCCGUUGAAUUCCAAAGCAACGUCAUCGGUGGCAUCACCUCCCGCCGCGGCACAAUCCUCGACAGCGAAGUCCGAGACGACGAGUUCACUGUCACAGCCGAAGUCGCUCUUAACGACAUGUUCGGCUACUCAAGUCAACUUCGUGGGCAGACUCAAGGCAAGGGCGAGUUCAGUAUGGAAUACAAGACACACGCACCCGUCCUCCCACAAGCCCAGAAAGAACUCGAAGAAUUGUACAAGAAGACUCGUCCUCAGAAAAAGUAA